CAGUGUAAUAUAUUAAAUUACGUCUGCAUUCAAUAUAAUCGCACACAAGUAUAUUAUUUCAGUCGUAAGAUUUAUAAAAACGAGAUAAAUUCAAGUGCUUAUAAGUGUAACACUGUAAAAUUUAUAAUAAUAUGUUCAUGUAUUAAGGAAAUAACAAGGAAUUUUAGGAUUUUCAGCAGCAGCAAUAUUUUUAAAUAUUGUAAUUGGGAAUAUGAUUUCCCAAUUGAGUAUUUUCGUGUUGACAGCGUUGACAUCAAGUACGCUAGCCCAGUAUAACUAUCAACCACCAUUAAAACGCGGAGAUUACAAUUAUUCACCACCAGAAGAGCCUUUCAACGAAGCACCACCGUCCAAGUCUUUUUCAGAUUUACAAUUAUUUACCUCUGCACCAAAACUUGUGGAUAAAGCUUCAGCUCCGGCUCUGGGAUAUACAUAUACAAAACCAGAUGUGCCAUUCACACUACCCACACCAAUCAAGAUCAGUAUUACUGCAAAGCCUCCAUCAAACUUUAGUGGAUUGCCUACACGUGUUCCAAAUUUGAAAGGAUAUGAAUACGCUCAUCCGGCUGUCUCAUUUACCUAUCCGUCAAUUAAUUUGAAAAGCAAUCCAACUCCGGUUUCUUCGCAACUACCAAAAAUAACUUUAAUUCCAGCCUUGAAAUCAAGAGAAUCAGUAUUAAGUCCACCUUCCUCUCAUCUAAAGUCUUCGGGAUACACUUACCCACAUCCUGUUAUUUCAUUUACAAUUCCGAAAGAAGGAGAAUCACAUCCCUCGACAGUACCUACCGCCCAUCCAACAACAGAUUUCUCUUACGACACUUCUACCCCUUCGAUAAAUUUUACCUCGGAUCCAAGCAUAUCACCAAUAAGAUCAACAAAUACAACGUAUUAUCCAAAAAUAAAAGGAUACCCCUAUACGCGACCUUCUGUUUCAUUUGCAAUUCUAGGAAGAAUUAUAAAAGAUAAACCAACACAACUGCCGAAACUUAAGGGAUAUUUCUAUCCUAAGCCCAAAGAGCCUUUAACACUACCAAACAUAUUUCCGAAGUCAAAAGACAAUCUUAAGACCAAGCAAGGAAUUAUCCUUAAAACUGAAACCAAAGCGUAUACUGAGGUAUCUACUCAUCGUUCGACUAGUAAAAUAUCACCAACAUCAUCGAAGGGUUACUUCUAUUCACCGCCGGAAGUGCCGUUUACAUUACCACCCCACAAUUCGAUUACUCGACCAUCUGAAGUGCAAAUAACGCAUUCAACGAACUCCUCUUCUAAAUUAAAUAGUUAUCCAGAAACAUCGCCCCUUAAACGAGCUAAUGGAUAUGUUUACUCACGACCUGAUACUCCUUUCAAGACUCCAACAAGGUUACCAAUCAACAAAGCGUAUACUGAGGUAUCUACUGAUCGUUCGACUAGUACAAUAUCACCAACAUCAUCGAAGGGUUACUCCUAUUCAUCGCCGGAAGUGCCGUUUACAUUACCACUUGAAAAUUCGAUUACUCAAACAUCUGAAGUUCAAAGGAACUCCUCUUCUAUAUUGAUUAGUUAUCCAGAAACAUCGCCCCUUAAACGAGCUAAUGGAUAUGUUUACUCACGACCUGAUACUCCUUUCAAGACUCCAACAAGGUCACCAAUCACCAUUUCGUCGUCACUCCCAAAAUCUAAUGGAUACUUAUAUAUACCGCCUGAUAUUAAUUUUAAUAUUCCUUCAAGUACCCCAACUGCUAAUCGUUCACCAACAAAGAUUUUUGGAUAUUCGUACAAACCGCCCAAAGUUCCUUUCACAAAUCCAAAAACAACAUCAAAAACUGAUAUGCCACCAUCUUCCACAUUAUUAAAAUCACAGAAACAAACUAAACCUGUCGUUAAUUCAAAUUAUCUGGAACUUCCUCAGGUGGGUUACAUAUACCCUAAACCAGCCAUACCCUUUGGAUUCUGAACGCCUUCGUCGCUAUGGUUUUAUGUAUUUUCACUAUUGCAUUUAUCUAUAUACAUAUAUGAAU